AUGAAAAAUAUGAUGUUACUACUCUUAAGCUUACUUUUAAUAAGUUGUUUAGAGAGUUUACCAAAAGGGGAUUUUUGUACUUGUAAUUAAAUUCUGAGUUAUAAUGACUGUGUUUAAUCAAUUAAAUGUGAAUGGAACAACACUUAAGGUGUUUGUGAAGAUAGUAAAUCUGUAGAUUUGUGGUCAUAUUGUUAAGUAAACUCUGCAGAUUGUUCAGUGUAGAUUGGAUGUGCUUUUUAAGAAAGAAUUUGUAAACCAUUUAGUGGUUGUACAGUGUAUUAAGCAAAAACUCAUGAAUUAUGUUAAUAAAUUAGUCAUUUAUGUUCAUCAAAUGGUGAACACUGUAUUUAAAUAGAAUUGAUAUGUGAUAAUUUCAAUGAGAAUUAGAUAGCUUGUUAAUCGAAUUUGGAUGGCUUUCCAUGUUAUUGGAAUAAUGAAAUAAAGAAAUGUUAUGAGAUAUAGAAAUGUAAUGAAUUACCCUUAUCCUACUCUACUCAUGAAUCUUGUUAUGAAGCAGGAUAAAAGAAGUAAUUAUAAUGUACAACUAAAGAAGGAGGAGGUUGUAUAGAUAUAGGAACAGAUUGCAAAAUAUAAGAAAAGAAAGGAUGUGUGGUGAAUAUAUUUAACAGCCCUUGUUUUUGGGAUGGAUCUACUUGUAAAGAUAAAAUUUGUAUUAAUGCUCCUACAUCUUAUAUAACCCAUGAAUAAUGUCAAACUUAUUUAGGUUCAUGUUCUUUGAAUAGUGAUAAUAAAGGAUGUAUGGAUAUGCCAUCAUCAUGUGAAGAAUAUUCUACUGAACCAUAAUGCAUUUAAAUUAAUGAACAUCUAUGCUUUUGGUCUAUUCUAACUUGUAAUGAUGAUGAUUAAUAAUGUUAGCCUAUUUCACGAUGCAAAUAAUGGACUUGUGAAAAUGCUGAACCUUCAUAUUCUACUGACACUUUAUGUCAACAAUUCAAAAGUGAUUGUACUGUGAAUAAUACUAAUAAUGGUUGUAUUAAGAGAUUGGAAACUUGUUCUUCUUACACAACUUAAAAUCAAUGUGUGAUUGUAUUAGAUGGAAAAACAACAUGUUAUUGGAAUGGAACCAAAUGUGUUGAUAAUUUAUGUCACAAUGCUGUCCUUAAUAAAUAUGAUUUACUAUCUUGUAGCGAAUUUCUUUCAUCAUGCACUGCUGUUAAUAAUUAAUGCACUCUAAAAACCUGUUCAACAUAUCCUACUGAAAAUCUAUGUAGUGUUGAUUAUCAAAACAAAAAAUGUAUUUGGAGUGGUUCCUGUACAUUAAAAACAUGUGAAAAUGCUAGUAAAGAAUUAACCACACAUUAAGAAUGCUAAUAAUGGUUAAGCAGCUGUACAGUGAAUUCAAAUUUAAAUGGAUGUCAAAUUUUGGAAAAAGUUUGCAAUGUUUACAAAAAGAAAGAUUAAUGUUACUUAACAGGGAAUAAUAAAACUGAAUGUUUAUGGAUUGAUGAAUAAUGCGUCUAAAAGAGCUGUUCUACUGCUAGUUUAGAGAUACAAUCAGAUGAAGAAUGUACAAAUUAUUUAGAUGGAUGCAUGAUUAGUAAUUAAAAGAAAGGUUGUGUUAAUCGUAAGGCAACUUGCACAGAAUUAUUAGAACACUAAUGUUCUAUAACUAGUUCAGGAUCAUUUUGUUUUUGGAAUGGAUAAUAAUGUGUAAUAAGAUAAUGUACUUAAGUAUUUUAUUAUUCAUUUAAAGCUUGUAAUACAUUUUUAUAAACAUGUACUGUAAAUUUUGAUGGUACCUAAUAUAAUGGAUGUAUAACUAAACAAAAUAAAUGUAAUGGAUAUACUAAUGAAUUAAUGUGUAUUGAAAGUUUAUCAGAAGGUAAAUGUGUUUGGAAUUAGAAAGUUAUUCCAAAUAUUUGUGAAGUAAGAUCUUGUGAAAAUUCAAAUUAAAUGACAAGUGAUGAAGAAUGUAAUCAAUUUUUAGGAAUUUGCACAGUAAAUAAUUCUAAAACUGGAUGCAUUAAACGUUAUGAAAAAUGCAAUGAAUAUGAUAAUGAAGUAAAUUGUAGAAAAACAAAAUCUGAAUCUGAAUGCAUUUGGUAUAAUGAUGUCUGCAUAAAUAAAACAUGUGAUAAAGCUAAUAAAACUUAUACUAGUCAUGAUGAAUGUCAAUCUUAUAGUAAGAAAUGUACAACAAAUGGCAAAGGAUGUAUUUAAAUUGAUACAUGUUCUUCAUACACAACUAAAUAAGGAUGUGUUUUUGAUUAAAACAAUUAAUCUUGUACAUAUUUUCCUAGUUGCAAUCUAAGACUAUGUACAGAUGCUCCUUAAAAUUAUUCCACUGAUGAAUAGUGUAAAAAUUAUAUGUAAGAAUGUACAACAAGUGGUAAUGGAUGUGUAUUAAGAACUGAAUGUUCAGAUGCUUAUAUUGAAUAGGCUUGUGUUACUGAUUCAACUGGUUAAUAGUGUAGAUGGAUUAAUAAUAAAUGUGUAGUUUAUAGUUGUUCAAGUGCUCCCACUUAAUUUUAGACUGAAAUGGAAUGCCAAUUAUACAAACAAGGAUGUACUGCAAAAUAAUCUGGAGGAUGUAUAACUAAAGGUCUUUGUAAAGAUGCUAAAAUAUCAUAAGCUUGUACAACUGAUAUAUAUGGAAAUUUAUGCAGAUUUUAUAAAGAUGGAUGCAGAGAAGCUAUUUGUUAAGAUUUUGCAUAUAAAACUCAUUAUCAAUGUGUUAAAAUAGAUUCUAAUUGCACAUCUGAUGGAGUAACAUGUGUUACUUAAUCAUAAUGCAAUACUAAAUCUUAAAGUGGUUGCUUUUUAGGUUCAGAUGGACCAUGUUUAUGGAUUGGAAAUUCAUGUUAUCAAUAUUCAUCUUGUACAUCUCUAUAAUUUUAAACUCAUGAAGAAUGCUAUAAAUUUAAUAAUGAAUGUACAACUGAUGGAAAUACUUGUGUUCCAAUUGAUAAAUGUGAAAAACUAACAUAAUUAGGAUGCUAAGUAGGAACUGAUGGAUAAUGUGUAUUUUUACCAAAUACAAAUGAAUGCAAAGUUUUUAAAAAUUGUAAUUAAUUUGAAUAUCAAACUCAUCAAGAUUGUCAAAGUAUAAAUAAACAAUGUACUACAGAUAACAAAAAAUGUAUUGAUUUGUAAGAAUGUUCUUCAUAUACUACAAAAGAAAAUUGUUAUUUAAAUAAUCUCUAAUAAUAAUGUAAGUUUGAUGAAAAUGAUAAUAAAUGUAUUGAUUUAGUAUGCUCUCAUUUAAAAUUUGCAACACAUAAUGAAUGCAAUUAAUAAUUAAAUACUUGUACAACUGACAGUAAAUAAUGUAUUACAAUCGAUAAAUGUGAAACUUAUAGUAAAGUAUUUUGCGAUAUUGCAUAUGGAAUAGAAAGCAUAAUUGAUGAUUAAUCCAAAUAAAGUUAUAAAAAUAUAAAUAAAUGUAGAUUUGAUACAAAACAAAAUAAAUGCCAAUUAAUUAAAUGUUCAGAUUUAUAAAAGAAUUGCUCUUAAAUUAGUAAAUGUGUUGAUAAUGGAAUAAGAUGUGUUGAUUAAUCAAAAUGUGAAAUAUAUGAGACAGAAAAAGGAUGUAAAUAAGGUGGAAGUGAUGGUGAAUGUGUUUGGCAUUUAGAAAAUGGAGUAGGAAAAUGCAAACUUAUGACAUCAUGUUCAGAUGCAUCUACUAAUAAAGAAGCAUGCCUUUAGAAACCAUGGAUUUGUUAAUGGACUGAAAAUUCAACCAAAACUAUUUGUGCAUAAUAUACAUGUUCAUCAAAAUAUAAAGAAACAGGAUUCUGUUUACCAAUCUUAGAUUUCUCUUAAAAGAAUUAUUAAAUAUGUUCUAUGACUGGUUAACUUUGUGUAAACACAAAAAUAGAUUCUUUAACAGCAUCUACUUGCUUUUAAUCUACUAAUUAUACAUACACAUGGGAUUCUGCUCGUAAACUUUGUUGGUAAUGUGGAAAAUAAUUUACAAAUUCAAACAAAUUAAAUUCUUCUGACCACCUUAACUAAACCCAAGAAGAUAUCUUCGCUUCAAUAUUAUUGCCAAUGUUCAUUCUGAUAUUUAGUUUAUAUAUUUGA